AUGGCAGCUGGCGCUGCACGCUCACGACCGACACCCCACAGCCUUCCCCCCACAGCGGCAGCCGUGGCAGGGCGAGCGACGGGCAUGGCAGGUGCAGCAGAUGCGCGACAUGUUCUGUGGUGGCAGCAGCUCAUCGUCAGCAGCCCGUCAUCCACCCCUGCCGCCUCCCCCCACAUCAGCAGCCACAGUAGGGCGCGUGACGGGCGUGGCAGGUGCGGCAGAGGCGCGGCAGGCGCAGUGGUGGCAGGCGCGAUUGGUGCGGCAGACGCGCGGGGCCACAACGGGGCAUGUCGGGGAGGAGCAGGGGCUAGGAGGUCUGCCCCACGCUGCCCUAUGCUGCCCCGUGCUGCCUUUCGCGCACCUCACGCUGCCGCGCGCGCCUCUAUUUGUCCCGAGUGCACUGACCUGCACGCGCCGUUUGCGCUGCCCCAUGAGCGCCCUUUGCACCGCCCAGCGCGUUGCCCUACGCGCGCCCUUCGCGCUGCCCUGCGCGCCGCCGCUGCCCUUGCACCGUGCGCUGCCCUGCCCCGCGCGUUCGCACUGCCCCGUGCGUUCGCGCUGCCCCACGCGUUUGCCCUGCCCUGCGCGUUCACCCUGCCCCGCGUGUUCGCCCUGCCCCGCCCCUUUGUGCUGCUCGCAUGCAGCCCCUGCCCGUGCACCGCUGCUGCCUUGCGCCGCCGCUGCUCGCACGCCACUGCUGCCACAUGCGCCGCCGCUGCCUCGUGCGCCACUGCUGCCUGCACAGCCACUGCCCCGCGCCGUGCGCCGUCCCUGCCCCUUUCUCUUCCCUGA